AUGCACAGAUUCUCUGAUCAGAUGUCAGAAGAGUUAUUCAAAGAUGAAGUAGACAAGCGCAUGGUCUCAGCUUUCCAGCACGUCAUCAGCAACACAGAAGCUGCAGCCCCGCCCACAGGCCCCGCCCACCAACAGCAACCAACUGUUAUGGCUGAAUUUGAGGGUGUCACCUCAUUAUCGCAAUCCUCGUCGACUGCAAGCAGUGGCCUUGGAAGCAGCAGCACCGGGACCAUGAUGGAGGAGAAUGAUGAUCAGAGUCGUCGUAACGAGAAGCAAAAGCCAAAGAACAAGAAAAACAAGAAGAAGAAGAGAGAAGGUAAGCUGGAUGGGGAAAGGACAGUACAUUUCAAAGGGGUGAGACAAAGGUCAGCGGGAAAAUGGGUAGCGGAGAUUAGAGACCCGCGUCAAGGUCGAAGUGUAUGGCUAGGCACAUUUACCUCGGCGGAGGAGGCAGCCAGAGCUUACGACAGGAAAUGCAUCCAGUUUAGAGGAGAUCGAGCUAAGACUAAUUUCCCAUCCUCAGACUAUGCUAAUGCUAAUGAUGAUCAGUCGUCAGGCUCGCAACAACACCAGCAAGAAGGAGAUGCACCUCCUCCAGCAGCAGCACUGCUAUCCGUUAAUGCGCCUGCGGUGUAUACUAGUCCACUAAUAACUAAAACUACCGCCAGUGCAAGUACAACAAACAGUACUACAACUGCUGCAGAUGCUGGAGCUACAAGUUGGGAAGAAGAUGAAGACUUUUGGGAUCUGUUUCAGAUACUUUCCGACACAGACUGGACGAUGUUGGAUUCUCCGCCGCCAUCGGGACCUUAA